GCAGGUGCUGAUAUAUCCGCAGAUAUGGUUGAAUAUGGACAACAGCAUUAUGGAGUUGAGGGUAAACUGUCCUUCGUUCAAUUAGAUAUGCAAACGCCUAAACUACCCGAAAGCUUGAUUGGACAAUUUGAUAAUGUCGUGUCGUUCUAUGCCCUUCACUGGUGCCGGAAUACACGGCAAGCAUUGACGAACAUUUACAAACUUCUUCGGCCGGGGGGUAAGGCCAUUUUUAUGACGAUUACCCAUCACGUGAUAUAUGAUGUAUAUCUGGAGCAGGAGAAAGAUCCAAGAUUUUCACCGUACAUGCAGAAUUCAAUAGAGUGGACACCUCCCCACCAAGGUUGUCCGGAUGCCGAAGAAAAGAUAAGGGACGACUUGAUUGCAACUAAAUUUAAAAUACAGUACUGCGCUAACAAGUCAGAAAAAUUCACGUAUCCCACUUUCGAUACUCUCGUUG